CAAAAAUUAUAUACUUUUCUAAUUGAGUUAAAUAGCACAUGUGUUUUACAAUCCAAAUACUUUAUAUUAAAAAGAAUUGUUCAAAAUGAGUUAUGUGUCAGUUGGUCGAUUAUUCAAUGCAGCGUGCAAUAGGCUUUUGGCGAAUGCUCAUGGCAAACACCUAUUUUUAAAGCAACUUAUUAUACCUAACUACGCCGCUUUACGUAAUACUAGUUUUUUUAACAAACUACCUGCUGAAGACAUUUGGCGUGGAGUAACUGCAGUAAGCAAUGCUGGAAAAAAAAGGGGUCGUGGGAAAGGAAGUGGAAAGAAAAUUGCAAAGGAUCUCAACAAAGGCCAAACUAUCGGCUUUGGGAUGAGUGGUCGCAUUUGGCCUGGAUUAAAUUCACCCGUCAUACGUGGAAGUGAACUCAUUUAUCAUCAGAAACUUGUCGAGAACUCUGAUAGAGAAAAUAGAAUCAUGAAAUUUCGUGAUUCAAUUGGAAAUUUUAGAUUGAUAAAAUUAAAUCCAAUAGACAGAGGUUGGUCUGGAAGCAAAAUGCCUGGGCGAAGUAUUGGAGCGCCUGAAGCUGUUGGCGAGGAGGAUUUUAUAUCAUUCGACACUCGGGUUUUGGAAAACAAAAUUGUGUUCAUUAUGAAAGGAAAUAUGGGAAGGAAAAGAAGAUAUUCAGUCUUAUCCAUAACGGGAAACGGUAACGGCUUGGCUGGAUUUGCUACUGUAAAAGCAACAGAUGUUCGAACGGCUCUUAGAAAGGCGAAAAAUCGAGCGGCACAAAAAUUAGUGAGCAUAAGUCUUUGUGAAAAUAGGACUAUUUAUCAUGACUUUCGUACAGCUUUCGGAAAAACCAAAAUCUAUUGUUUUAAAAAACCUAAUGGGUAUGGUUUAGUAUGCCAUCGGGCAAUACAAACAAUUUGUAAAGUAAUAGGUAUACAAGAUUUAUACGCCAAAAUUGAGGGAUCUACGAACUUGCAGCAUAUUGUAAAGGCAUUUUUUAUUGGUCUUAUGUCCCAAAGGUCUUAUCAAAGUAUUGCAAAUGAAACAAAUUAUAACAUCGUUGAGCAGCAAAAGGCGAGAAAUAGAUUAACUGAAGUGAAAGGAACGCCAUUUUAUAAUCCAACUCUCCCUCUUAACAACCACGAAAUUGAUUAUAUGCAUUUCACAUUAGGAAAUAAAAUUGUUUUAAAGAAAAAAAACAUUUCGCCAUUCUAUGUGAAUACAAAAGGACACGAUCUGCAUCAAAUUAAAUCAGAGCAAUUUCGGAACCAAGCUAGUAUCCGACUACAUAAACUGGUCAAUUUAUAUGAGCAACUGAAGAAAACGUAAAUAUAUGUAUAUAAUAUUAAAAUGUA